GCAUAUAUGUCAGCUAGUAAUUCUGUAUUGAUGAUCCCGCAGUACGGACGAACAAGAUAGCGAGUGUCGGGUAACAGUGGGGUGGAAAGCUGAGACUGAGCGACACACUAGACGGCGCGGGAGGUUAUUACCUAUGUGAGGCUAUAUCACCUCAGCUCAGCUCUUCUAUAAAACCGCAACGGCACGGCAAAUAGCAUCGUCGUCAGAAGUCUAUCGCUAAAUACUUCUAUAAAGUCAAAUGCUCAAUAUAUACAGUACAUGCUCUCGGCCCGCAUUCUCCGCACCAGUGCAACCCUACCAUCCAAAAGGAUAUUCACAUCGUUGUCACCUAGUUUCCAGGCUACCAUGUCGUCGUCCACACUCCCGUCACCUGUUCCGAUCGUGUUAAUCGGCAUCCACACCGAGAUAGGCCGGUCGGUUGCGGAAGCUCUCCGACCAGACUGGGACAUCGUGCGUUUCAUCCAAACCUACGAAGCAGCACAGGCCGACCUGCCUUACCUCCUCAAGGGUGAAGCACCCCCAGCCGCACCCACCAACAGCGUGGGGUCAGGCAACUAUAGCCAGCCUGCACGGGCGGUAUUAUUCGGGCGUGGCUUCACGCAACAGCAAGCUGAGACGCUGUACGAGCAACACGCGGACUCGGCAACCUCUCCGCCGGUGCUAUGGGCCGCAGGCGCUGAAGCCAAUCGAAAGCCACUGCCCGCGGGCAUCGAGGUCCCGCCUAACGUGGAUAAAAUCGUGGUCCCCAUCUUCAAGGGUCUUUUGGAGGAUUGGAAGAAGAAGGUAGAAGGAGAAGGGAAGAAGGAAGGGGAACUUGUACUUUAUUGAGGCUAGGUAGCUUGAUACCUACGGUACCAAGUACACCCGCAACACGGCGAAAUUAGAAUUUGCGUCAUCUUUACUACAACUAAAUAAAAUGGGCACAAGAUUCUAAAGAAUUGUGGGAUUCUUGUAGCAUCACUACACACAUCUAUCUCACUUCCCUGCGUUUCGUAUCAAGAACCAUAUAAACCCAGCCGCUAACCAGGUAAUCUGCAUUUCUCAACGUUAAAGCAGUCGUUCGCGUUUCUAUUAAUUGCAGUGCUCGCUACCCAGUAAGCUGUCCAGAAACUUCUUCAAAUCUUUUCAAUCUAAAUCAUCACACAGCCUGUCUCUUGGGCCUGAAAUUCUCGACUUUAACCAAGAAACGCUUUUGCCAAAAAGUCUGGGUAUGUAUAUGAGGCUCGAUGAGUGUGUAAUAAGUCCGUAAACUAAAAGACAUACCGUGUUCUGACAAAAAGAAAGGAAAGGUCCGAAAAGCAGAGCGGCGGGUAUAUACAAG